AUGUUGAAUUUAUCAAAGCUUGAGUUUGUGGCACUUGAUAUUUCUGAAAAGAAUUAUCUUUCAUGGGUUCUCAAUGCUGAAAUUCACCUAGACGCUAAGGGUCUUGGUGCAACUAUUACCGGAUGUAAUACAACGUCGAAUCAGGACAAAGCAAAGGCCAUGAUUUUUCUUCUUCAUCAUCUGGAUGAAGGAUUGAAGGUUGAAUACCGGACUGUGAAAGAUCUACUAGAAUUGUGGACUCGUUUGAAGGAAUGGUAUGACCACCUUAAAGCAACGGAUGAUGACUUUAAUGGCCUUGAUGAUAUUACUCAUUUGGAAGUUGAAGACUUCUUUGGAGAUCAAAACUAA